AUGAACAGUUCAAGUCCAGCCAGAAUGCUGGCAAUCUAUGGCGGCACGACAUUUCUCGUCUACAUCGAAACGAAUGGUUUUGUAAAGAGUUCACCGGCAUUUCUUUUGAGUCUUACCAGUACUCGGUCUUUCCUUGCUCACCCUGACAACAAAUAUGAGUCCAGAGCAACGGUUCGAGACGGCAGCAUCAUUCGCUCUUCUUGCUUUAUCUCGAUAUCUGUUAGUUCAAACUUCUUGGACAAUGAUGAUCAUCGGGUACAUCAUGGUGUCCGUGGCAAACCUCACGUACUACUAUUCCUUCAAGUCGCAAAUUCGCCUAUGGUCUACAAAACUGACUGCAGCUGCAGGGACUAUAUCUUAUGA